UAGGGCUGAGGUCACACGUGUGUUGGCUAGUUGAGAGAGGGCAGCACCCAAACGGAAACUAAGGAUCCAUCACAAACAACUGAGAGUCCAGAUGAAGAAGAAGCAAACAGAAACACGACCAGACCUCAAGAGUUGUGAUGUCCAGACUCAGACAGAGGAGCAGCAGGGUGCUGAGGAGGGGAGACAGGAGCAGGGUGCUGAGGGGGGGAGACAGGAGCAGGGUGCUGAGGGGGGGAGACAGGAGCAGGGUUCUGAGGAGGGGAAGCAGCAGCCAGGCUCUGACAUGAUCUACACCAUAGAGGAUGUCCCACCGUGGUACCUCUGCAUUCUACUGGGCCUCCAGCACUACCUAACGUGUUUCAGCGGGACCAUCGCUGUGCCCUUCCUGCUGGCGGAGGCCAUGUGUGUGGGACAAGACCAGUACACGGUCAGUCAGCUGGUGGGAACCAUCUUCACCUGCGUGGGAAUCACCACAAUCAUACAGACCACAUUUGGAAUCAGGUUACCUCUUUUUCAGGCCAGUGCUUUUGCCUUCCUCAUCCCUGCCCAGGCCAUCUUAGGGCUGGAUAGAUGGAAAUGUCCCCCUAAAGAGGAGAUUUAUGGGAACUGGAGUCUUCCUCUGAACACCUCACACAUCUGGCACCCAAGGAUAAGAGAGAUCCAGGGUGCCAUCAUAGCGUCCAGUGUGGUGGAGGUGGUCAUCGGGCUGGUGGGUCUCCCUGGUCUCCUGCUGGACUACAUCGGGCCCCUGACCGUCACCCCCACCGUGUCCCUUAUCGGCCUGUCUGUAUUCCAGACCGCUGGGGACAGAGCCGGUUCUCACUGGGGCCUCUCAGCACUGUCCAUCUUCCUCAUCGUGCUGUUCGCUCAGUAUCUGAGGAACUGGUCCUUCCCUCUUCCCUCCUACAACAGAAAGAAAGGCUUCAGCACUGCCAGGGUUCAGAUCUUUAAGAUGUUCCCGAUCAUCAUGGCCAUCAUGUUGGUGUGGUUGCUAUGUUACAUCCUGACUCUGACCGAUGUGCUGCCCAGUGACCCCAGCCAGUACGGACAGAAGGCACGCACAGACGCCCGCGGUGACAUCAUGACCCUCUCCCCCUGGUUCCGGGUCCCCUACCCUUGUCAGUGGGGGUUGCCCACGGUGACCAUCGCUGGGGUGCUGGGCAUGUUCAGCGCCUCACUAGCUGGCAUCGUAGAGUCUAUCGGGGACUAUUACGCCUGUGCCCGCCUCUCAGGGGCACCUCCUCCACCUGUCCAUGCCAUCAACAGGGGUAUCUUCACAGAGGGGGUGUGCUGUAUUAUAGCAGGACUGCUGGGUACAGGAAAUGGCUCCACCUCCUCCAGUCCCAACAUUGGAGUUCUGGGAAUCACUAAGGUGGGAAGCAGGCGGGUCGUGCAAUAUGGUGCAGCCAUAAUGUUCCUGUUAGGAACUGUGGGGAAAUUCACUGCCCUCUUCGCAUCGCUGCCUGACCCCAUUCUAGGUGGCAUGUUCUGCACCUUGUUCGGUAUGAUCACGGCUGUGGGCUUGUCCAACCUGCAGAGUGUAGACCUCAACUCCUCUAGGAAUCUCUUCGUCCUCGGCUUCUCCAUGUUCUUUGGCCUAAUGUUGCCCAAUUACCUAGACAUGCAUCCCGGCUGCAUCCAAACAGGAGUUGCAGAGGCGGAUCAAAUCCUCACAGUGCUCCUGACCACCGAGAUGUUUGUCGGAGGCCUCCUGGCAUUUACUCUGGAUAACACCAUCCCAGGCACCAAGAGGGAGAGAGGGCUGCUGGACUGGAAGGCAGAUGAGAGCAUGGGGGGAAGCACAGUGAACAUGCGUACUUACGACUUCCCUAUUGGAAUGAGCUGCGUUAGGAAAGUCAGCUUCCUGCGCUAUCUACCCAUCUGCCCCAGUUUCCGAGGCUUCAUGCGAUGCAGACGGAAGGACAGCAUGCAGGAAAACAAUGAGGAUGAAUUAAGAGAGAGGAAUGACAGUUUACGCAUGGACACAACAAUUACCUUGGCCUUCACUAAAGUAUAGUAACCCUGCAGUGAUUCAUCUUUAAAAUCAUUUUAUACCGAGCUGUAUUUUUCCACAGGUGUUUAUUGUUUUUGGACACUUACAGUUGUAAUUGAAAAAUGCACUGUCUGCAAUUGGGAAACAGGGACUAUGAACAACUGACUGGGCAAAAAUGACGCCGAUGUUGUAUAGCGAUGUUGCAUUUUUUGAAACUGUAAUGUUAUUUAGCAGAGCACAUUUCUCACCACAUUGAUUUGAGAGGUUUCUCUACUGUCCCCAUUUUUCUACUCACCACUACCACCUUAUAACAUUCUGUUUCUACGUUAAAGAACAAAAGAGUCCCAUAUUCAGAUGCAUACUGACCUCAUUGUACUUUAUGUAGACUGUGUUCGAAGAAGCAGAGACAACAUUUUAACUGUGUUUAUUUAGUAAGUCUUUAUUGUGUACAAAAUUAUAAGUAAAGAUAAUCGCUUCUGAUGAUCUGAACUCAAAACACACGUUGAGAAAUAUAAUCCUGAACUCAAAACACACGUGAGAUUAUGCAAAAACAUAUGAUAUAAAACUAAAGGAUAAUUAAGGAAAGCAUUCCUAUUUUUGACUGUCAAAUGUUUGUUUACAUUAUUACGUGUUACAAUAACAUGUUAAAACAGACGAAUGAGAGUAGAGACGUCUAUCAACUGAUUUACAAUUUGACAAAGUGCCGUAAGAUAGAAAACCCACAGGCUUCGAUGUCAAGUUAACAUGGUAAUUGUACUGUGAUAUUAACUGAGAGACUGAACCAUGAAACGACACUGUGCUAUUAUCUGAGACUGAACUAUGAAACAACACUGUGCUAUUAACUGAGAGAGACUGAACCAUGAAACGACACUGCUAUUAACUGAGAGAGACUGAACCAUGAAACGACACUGUGCUAUUAUCUGAGACUGAACUAUGAAACAACACUGUGCUAUUAUCUGAGAGACUGAACCAUGAAACGACACUGCUAUUAACUGAGAGAGACUGAACCAUGAAACGACACUGUGCUAUUAUCUGAGAGAGACUGAACCAUGAAACGACACUGCUAUUAACUGAGAGAGACUGAACCAUGAAACGACACUGCUAUUAUCUGAGAGACUGAACCAUGAAACGACACUGCUAUUAACUGAGAGAGACUGAACCAUGAAACGACACUGUGCUAUUAACUGAGAGACUGAACCAUGAAACGACACUGUGCUAUUAACUGAGAGAGACUGAACCAUGAAACGACACUGCUAUUAUCUGAGAGACUGAACCAUGAAACGACACUGCUAUUAACUGAGAGAGACUGAACCAUGAAACGACACUGUGCUAUUAACUGAGAGACUGAACCAUGAAACGACACUGUGCUAUUAACUGAGAGAGACUGAACCAUGAAACGACACUGCUAUUAACUGAGAGACUGAACCAUGAAACGACACUGCUAUUAACUGAGAGAGACUGAACCAUGAAACGACACUGUGCUAUUAUCUGAGAGACUGAACCAUGAAACGACACUGUGCUAUUAUCUAAGAGACUGAACCAUGAAACGACACUGCUAUUAACUGAGAGAGACUGAACCAUGAAACGACACUGUGCUAUUAACUGAGAGAGACUGAACCAUGAAACGACACUGUGCUAUUAACUGAGAGAGACUGAACCAUGAAACGACACUGUGCUAUUAUCUGAGAGAGACUGAACCAUGAAACGACACUGUGCUAUUAUCUGAGAGACUGAACCAUGAAACGACACUGUGCUAUUAUAUGAGAGAGACUGAACCAUGAAACGACACUGCUAUUAACUGAGAGACUGAACCAUGAAACGACACUGCUAUUAACUGAGAGAGACUGAACCAUGAAACGACACUGUGCUAUUAUCUGAGAGACUGAACCAUGAAACGACACUGCUAUUAACUGAGAGAGACUGAACCAUGAAACGACACUGUGCUAUUAUCUGAGAGACUGAACCAUGAAACGACACUGCUAUUAACUGAGAGACUGAACCAUGAAACGACACUGCUAUUAACUGAGAGACUGAACCAUGAAACGACACUGUGCUAUUAACUGAGAGACUGAACCAUGAAACGACACUGUGCUAUUAUCUGAGAGACUGAACCAUGAAACGACACACUGCUAUUAACUGAGAGACUGAACCAUGAAACGACACUGUGCUAUUAUCUGAGAGACUGAACCAUGAAACGACACUGUGCUAUUAUAUGAGAGAGACUGAACCAUGAAACGACACUGCUAUUAACUGAGAGACUGAACCAUGAAACAACACUGCUAUUAACUGAGAGACUGAACCAUGAAACGACACUGUACAGAUUGGAAGACUGUGACACGUGUGUGACCUCUAGAAGUCAUUCUAAAAAUGCGCAAACCAAGAGGCUAGGAGCUAUUGAUCUAUCAAGGGAGCACAGGAUCCGUAUAUUUAUGACUGUUCAUGAUUGAUUUCACUGUGACAUCAUGAAAGAAUUUGAAUUUGAAUUUCCCUUCCAUAUUACACUCUGAGCCUUUGUCUGUCAGAGUCUCUGUCAAUAGCGCCCAUCGGAGUCUCCCUGGCGAUUAGUCUGUAAUCUGACGACAGCUGUCCUCUCGCUUUGUUCAGGUCACACUCUUCAAGUAAACAAUGGUAAGAUGGAAAAGACAACAGAAGCUUAUGCAGGUCAUAGGGAAAUUGUGAUCCUAUCAAACUUCGUUGUUAUUUUUAGAAAACAUUUCACUCAGUGUAAAAAAUAUCAACCACUAAAAAUUGAAUUUCUACAUUUCUCCUUUGAAAUUUGGAAAAAUAUAAUCUGUGUUUUUUAA